AUGUACACUACCAGCGGACUUCAUAUAAUCAACGAAGACUUGUCCUUGUGCUCCUCUGGUGUUCGACUUCCUCACACAUUUCAUUUGCAGGAAUUGAAGUUCUUGAACACUCGAACAGGAUCUCAAAAUCCUAAGACGAAGAAGAAGAAAAGAACGAUGACCGAUAGCAUCGCCUUGAUGGCUGCUCGCCGACGCUUGUUGGCCAUUCUAGAUGAGAUCCUAGCUGUGGACGCAAAUCUGGACCAAGAAGCCGUGGCACGUUACCUCACCCAUAAUUCGAUUGAACUCAUGCAAUUGCCUGCAACCCGUGCUGUUUGGCCCCAGGCGCUCCGCGAGAAUUUUUCCAUUGCGGGCGCAAUCAAUGUUGACUAG